UUCCCGGAGCAAGGAGCGAAGCAGGACUGAGUUGGCGCCAGCUCCCUCAGAUGUAGACAUAGCUGACUGGAUGACCAGCCUGCCCCAGCUAGCUUGAGCUCAAGGGCUCCCUCAGGCACUGUGUUGUUGUCCUGGGGGCUGCAGCACCACACCCCAAGGGUGUGGCAUGUCACAGAGGGAGGCCAGAGGGGCACCAGCCAUGCCAGGAGUGGGGCAGAGCCGGGCUAAGGCCAAGCCGCGGUUGCUAGCAGGCACUGACAGGAAGAGGAACCGCCUGAGCAGGGCAAGGCAGGACCUGUGGGAAGAGACCAACUGGAGCAACGAAAGGUGGAGCAGAGCUGCCCCUAGCCCGCGAGAGGCCAAGGCCAGAAGCCUGGCUCGUGGCAGGAGCGAGGCCAGUCCUGAGAAUGCUGCGCGGGAGCGGAGCCGGGUGAGGACACUGCGCCAGGCAUUCCUGGCCCUGCAGGCCGCUCUGCCUGCCGUGCCGCCCAACACCAAGCUCUCCAAGUUGGACGUGCUGGUGCUGGCCACCAGCUACAUAGCCCACCUCACCCGCACGCUCGGCCACGAGUUGCCUGGCCCAGCCUGGCCACCCUUCCUGCGUGGACUCCGCUACUUACACCCUCUCAAGAAGUGGCCGAUGCGAUCUCGUCUCUAUGCUGGAGGCCUGGGGUGCUCUGGCCUUGACUCCACCACAGCCACCACCUCGGGCCAAAGAACAAAGGAGGCAGAGGUCAAGCCCCCAGUCUCUGGGGAGGCAGCUGCUCUCCUUCCCACCAGGCCACUCUCACCAGCUCUUGGUGACAAAUGAUCAUCACAGUCACUCUUUCCUCCCAGACUGCAACUCGAGGUUAGGGACCUGGAUUCUCUACCAGGCCCUGCCUGUCUUCACUCUGACUCUCACCCGUCGGAUCUGACUGAGCCUCAGCUCCCAGGUUCCAGCACACAGACCAGGCGAGGCAGCGGGCACUUCUGUGAUGGAGAAUACUCAGGAGCACCAGGGAGCAAAUCCUCACCUUGGUCCCCAGGGGAUGACUCCCCAGUGGCUCUUCUGUGGCAGCUACAAGGGACGUGGGAGAGGAAGGGGUUUGAUUGGGUUGGAAGUUGAGUUAGGGCACCGCCCCUUGCUUUUCUCCCCUAAGGUUCGCACAAACCAUCUGAAGAUUGCAAGAAGACAGACAGUGCUGUGCAGGUACAAAGGGAGGGGCCUAGGAUGGCAGCAGCUGUGGAUGCUGAUGGGACAGCCAGGGGCCAGACAGGCUCUCGCAGCUGUGAGUGUGAACAGAGCUGGGCAGGGGUUGUGUUGCCAGGGGGGAAACUGAAGAAGGGAACAUGAUUUGUUAUUGCACCACGAGAUGCUUACUCCACGUCAAAGAGGCAGAGAAGAGUUUAGGGGUCUUUUCUCUGCAUUAUGAUCUCUCCAGCUGCCCCUCAUCACUCCAUUUUCUCCCUCUCUGGGCCCUGCACCCUUCCACUCUUUUCUUGAUGUGAGUUAUAGUUACAGGUUAAGCCAUAAAGUUUACAUUGCUUACAUUCCAGUUUCCAGAGAGACUUUUAGGUAGUCCCAGCUGCCUAGUUUGAGAAGAUCUUAUCCCCGAGGCAGCUCUGCUUUAACUGAACCAGGCAGCAUCUUAAGGCCUCACAUGUGAAGGAUAGUGAUAGACUCAAUUACACCCUUGAAGGACCUUAGAAGGAGAACAUGUAUCUUUUCCAGGGAAUGAUAAUUAUGGUCUUCUCUUUCCAUUAUGUUAGAAAACUAACCUCCAGGGAAAACAAGAUAGGCCUGGGUUCAGUGGGUUCCUUGUGUGAUUUGGGUCUAAGGCUUCACUGGCUCUGGAGUUAUUUCUACAAUCAAUCUACAAAUUAGCUCCCUAGGGCCAGCUCCUCCGCAAAGGCACUGCCCUCCCAGGCUUUCCCUAAGUCUUGCCACAAGAUGCCAUAAAUCUGAUAGAGUCUUAAUGGAAUUUAUCUCUGGCCCUGAAGAAAUAAUUUGAGGAAUAAUCACAGAGUCUACACAUACUGAAAGUAACUUUCCAGAUCAGGUGUAGCUUCAUAUCAGGCACCUGAAGUCUAGACAGAGAAGGAACCACUUUUUUGUUAAACUUCAGUGUCUCAGAGUGGGAGUGGAUAGGCCAGACCAACUGGAAUCCCAACAGGGAUGGCCUUAGACGGAAGCCACCAUUGCCAUUGUGAGAAUAAAUGAGGUUCUGGGCAGGCAGGGAUGGUGGAGGGUCUGGGUUCUGGUGUGAUGAGCUGCUGUUCCUCCACAGGGCUGGCCAGGGCAGCAGGAGAAAGGGGGCAGAGGGGGUGACUCAGCAAGUUGGGGUGGAGGCAGAAAAGGAGACACAGAACGUCCAGCCGUGGCUGCAUGGGAUGUGGGAGAGCAGCUGGACUGUGGCUGGGAGCCAAGGGGAGAAGGCCUUGGCCAAGGCUGAACUCAUAAAUCCACCAAGUCUCUGCUGAGGGGCCUGGAGAGCUUGUGCAGAGCUGCUUCUGGGCAGCUGGACAGGGCCAGGCAGGGGCAGAGACCAGGUGUGGGUGGGCAUGAGCACAGUGUUCUUCACAAGACCAUAAAAGUCCAGCUUGAGUGUUCUAUUUUUAAAGCCAAAUAGCAGAAUCUUCCUGGUUGAGUUCAAGGAUGGUAGGAAGAGGAGCAAAUGAAUUUCUUCCUGAGCUGGUGGCAUAUAAUCUUUUUCUGGGGAUAAAACUGGGGAAGCUGGCUUUGGGUGUGCAGUGGGGCUUCUCCCGUUAACUGAGGAGACUUUGGUUUGGAGCUUGCCCCACCCCACCCUGCUCAGAGUCAAGCUUUUGCCUAUAACAUCAGGCUCCUCGGGGUGGACCACAUUACCCUGGUGGAGAAGACAAGAGGACAAAAGAAGGAUGAGGCUGGUGGAGGGCUGAGGAAGGGCAAGUGCCAUCCUUAGAACUUUCCACGGCUGCCUUGGGCUAUUUCCAGGCAAAGCUGUUUUCCUUAGUUGCUGGGACAGUUCUGUGGGGUCCAGAGGCCACCUCCUCCAGCUGGAGAACACCCAGCACAGUCAGGCCAGGGAGCAAACAGGCUGCAAGGGGGCAGGCAGAGCCAGGGGAAGGACCAGGGAUGAAGGGGAAUAACCAGAGGAAACAUCAGGUCGGAGACUUGCAUCCACAAAUGAACCAGAAUCAGGAGUAACCCCCUUAGCCUCUGCAGUGAGAAAGAAAAAGACAUGCUCACU